UUAAUCUGAUGCACACCCCUAAAGUUUUGGUUGACAUUUACUAGAUAAAAUUUAAAUUUUAAAAUUGAGAUAAUAAAUUACAAAAGCUAGUUUGGUGGUUUCGAGGGAGAGUCGUAUAUUUGGACGGACCAUCUCAAGAACGUAUUCCAAUUAUAAAAUACCGGUAAAUCCGUUAAAACGGGAAGGUAAAUAAACGCCGUAUAAGUUGGGAUUUUUAUUUCAUUUGGAAGAGGAUUCUUCUUAGCCAUUAAUUUACGGCAACAGACCCGCGCGAAAAUUUCCAGAGAAAGUCUCGUUUUAACCUGUUUAUAUUCUGUUUGAUUUUCUUUUUACGAUUCUAUUCACUUUCUCUCUAUUGGUUCACUCUUGUUUUCCACUAAAUUUUGCGCAUAAAAACCAAACCUUUUUUCAGAAUCAGUCGUUUUGAUACCCAACUCAUUUUUGCCCUUACUUUUUUUUUUUUUUUGCUUUCUCUGAUUUGUUUCUUGACUUGGUGUGAUUUUUCAGCUCCAGGAUUUUUGGGGCGUCUGUUAUAUUUUCAGUUUCUUUCCCAAAGUUCAAUUUUUGAGUGUGGGUGUGAUUGUGUGGACUGGGAAGAAAGACUGAAGUUUUGAGAUUGGCCCUUGUGCUCAAGUUUUGAUUUUGAUAAACACAAACAAAUUUUGUGUUGAUUUUCAUUCAUGGGUAUUGUUGAAAUUGUGGGUUGUUUCUCUGUUUUGUGAUUUUGAACUUUGAGUCUUGAGCUAGAGUUAAGAGUUUCGUAAAAAUGGAUUCAAGAAAUGGUACUGAGGGAGUUGAAAAGUCUAGCGCCGAAGAGACGGCCUUUGGCUCAAAGGGGAAGGUUGUGGGAGGUAUUGAGCAAGAAGUGUUUUUCCGAGCAGAUAAGAUUGAUUUUAAGAGCUGGGAUAUCCAGUUAGAGAAGCACUUGAGCAGGGGCUGGGCAAGGGAGAGUGAAGAACACAAGCAGAUGGAAGAGUGGGAGAUUGAUUUGUCUAAAUUGGAUAUAAGACAUGUCAUUGCUCAUGGAACUUAUGGUACUGUCUACCGCGGUGCCUAUGACGGCCAAGAUGUUGCAGUGAAAAUAUUGGAUUGGGGGGAGGAUGGUAUUGCCACAGCAGCUGAAACUGCUGCUCUUCGGGCGUCGUUUCAGCAAGAAGUUGCUGUUUGGCAUAAGCUUGACCAUCCAAAUAUUCCAAAGUUUGUCGGAGCUUCAAUGGGAACUUCCAAUCUCAGAAUCCCUACUAAAAGCACAUCAAAUGAUAGUCAUAAUUCUCCUCCUUCCAGAGCUUGUUGCGUUGUUGUUGAGUAUGUUCCAGGUGGGACACUAAAGAACUUUUUGAUCAGGAAUAGAAGAAAGAAACUUGCCUUUAAGGUUGUGAUUCAACUUGCUCUGGAUCUCUCUAAAGGUUUGAGUUAUCUUCACUCAAAGAAAAUUGUACACCGUGAUGUCAAGACAGAAAAUAUGUUGCUAGAUACUCGUAGAACUUUGAAAAUUGCUGAUUUUGGCGUUGCUCGAGUAGAAGCUCAAAACCCAAGGGACAUGACCGGAGAGACUGGUACCCUUGGGUACAUGGCCCCAGAGGUCCUUGAUGGCAAGCCUUACAACAGGAAAUGCGACGUCUACAGUUUUGGUAUUUGCUUAUGGGAAAUCUAUUGCUGCGACAUGCCUUAUCCUAAUCUAAGUUUUGCUGAUGUCUCAUCUGCAGUAGUGCGACAGAACUUACGACCAGAAAUCCCAAGAUGUUGCCCGACUGCAUUGGCUAGCGUCAUGCGAAAAUGUUGGGAUGUGAGCCCAGAUAAACGCCCUGAGAUGGAAGAGGUAGUGAAGCUGUUGUAUGCCAUAGACACAAGCAAAGGAGGUGGCAUGAUACCUGAAGACCAGGCUACUGGCUGUUUCUGCUUCGGCAAACGUCGUGGCCCCUGAAGUUUUUCUUCCUUUAAUGUUUUAUGUAGUCUUAUAAAUGUGCAGUGCAAAUUAAGGGAAAACAUAAACCAGUUACCAGUUCAGUCGUUGAAUAACCAGAUCACAUCUCUGAAUAAUGCACAAACAGCAUUUUUGAAACCCAUAUUGUUGUUUGUGGUUUCAUUCCCUCUCAUUCUUGCUUCUCCACUCCAUGUACCAAUGAGUGGAGCCUUGGAUAUUUUCAAUGUAAUUAGUUUGGAAUUCAAAUUUUUACUGCA